AUGGCGUCCAAUGAAACAAUCUCCGCUUCACCCACCAUUCCCGUGGCAUACACGUCCGACCUAGCAUUGCAAGCACGCUAUAUCAGCGAACACGUUGAGGCUGUCGUAUCGCACCGCCUCGGAUCUAUGGAGCACAGCCAGGCUGCUCUCUAUCGCCUCGUUGAGGGCCUCCAAGCUUCUGUCCAAUCGCUUCAAAAUGUCUUGGUGUAUGUUUCAGAUGCCGCACACACGAUGGGUAUGAUGGACGACGCGUACAACUGCGGACUAGUGGCUGCUGCUAUGAUGCAGCCGGAGCCUCCUGCUCCUGCCAGACUUGUCACCGAGACUCUCGUGAGAAUGAGUCCGGAAGAGCGUUGCGAUUACGUUGCGGCGGCCGCUGCCGCUGUGGCUGCGGCCAAUGUACCGAACGUGGAUGCUAGUGUCUCGUCUUCCUCCUCUGCGGCUACACCCAAUCAUAGACCGGCGUCUCUCCGUGCUGACAUCCACAGCCUAAUCCACGAAGAUGCUCCCCCUCUCGAGGCCAGCAACAGCAACGCCAGUGUCACCGCCAACGCCCCUCACUCUCCUCGCAGUUCCAUGGGUCACGACCAGUUCACAUACGAAUGCACUGAACAGAGGUCGACUUCACCCCCUCUUUCGCGGGCCAAUGCCACGUACAACCUAGCCGGCCCACGUGGAGUCUCCAGGAGCUGGAAUGCGCCGACGCCCGAAUACAUCGAGUGGUGCCGCGCUUGGGGCAGCAAGCCGCGGCGCGAGGGCGCGUUCUACGGGAAGCCCGACUGGGACGCGAUGAUGAACGUAGCUGGGAAGGACGACUACUACUUUGACGACUUUGGCAGGCAGAGGCAGCUCAGCCCUAUGGCCAUCGCUGCGCGCGCCAACCCUGUCUUCCCGGUGGCUUCACGUACCCAUAUCCCCGUUGCCUCUGUUCCUCUCCCCCCUGUUGCACCUGCUCCUCCCGCUCCUGUUUCGCCUGCCCCGUCUAGUUCUGCUCAUGAAUCUGCUCCCAUGGACGAUCAGACGACCUUCGUGGCAAUCAAGCAGGAAGAGGCAGAGCAGCAGCUCAUCACAUCGCCCUCAAAGCGGUCUUCUGUCUCGCGCAAGCGCAGCCGUUCCGACUCUGAUUUUGACACUGACUCCGAAGCUGAAGUCGAGGCUGGGAUCUCGCCUACGUCCAAAGUCAAAGUCAUGCAGCAGCUCGUCAGCUACUCCUCUGGUUCUGGUUCCGGCUCCGACUCGGAUUCCGACUCUAACAAUAACACCCCUCGCCCUUCUAAGCGCCGUCGCACCAACGAGCGCGAGUCUGCCGACGCCAGAUCAAGCUCGACGAAGCCGCCCUCGAGGCGCGCGGGGCGCAUGCAGCCCAUCCGUCCUAGCGGCAAGACCAUCGAAACGCAGGCUUCUGGGUCUGUGUCUGGGUCUGGCGCUGCUUCUUCGGGUCGGGCUUUGAGGUCGCGGACGCGCGCUGGUACGUCGCGUCAGUAAAAUAAAUAGAUUGAUGACUGUCGCCUCCUUGUUUCCAUAUCUCUCCAUGUCUUUCCAAAACAUUUUCCUGCUAUUUUUUUCCUCUGCACCCCUAAUCUUGUACUACCAUCCCC